AUGUUAAGGACAGUUGUUAGUAAAAGAACUUCUUUGAAGCUGGUUACUCAUUUAAGAGCCUUUUCUUGCAGCUCAUUAUUACUGCAGGAAACACGAGUUGAGACGGAUGCUUUUGGUCCAAUUGAUGUUCCCAAUGACAAGUAUUAUGGUGCACAAACUGCAAGGUCCAAAAUGAACUUUAAGAUUGGAGGAUCUGCAGCAAGGAUGCCUACCCCUGUUAUUCGAGCUUUUGGUGUUUUGAAAAAAUCUGCUGCUAAAGUUAAUGAAGAAUUGGGACAACUCAAUCCUAAAUUGUCACAAGCUAUUCAACAAGCAGCUACUGAAGUUGCCGAGGGUAAAUUGGACGAGCAUUUCCCAUUGAUUGUGUUUCAAACCGGGUCAGGUACUCAAUCAAAUAUGAAUGCCAACGAAGUGAUUUCAAAUAGAGCCAUUGAGAUUUUGGGUGGUGAAUUAGGUUCGAAAAAACCCGUCCAUCCAAACGACCACUGUAACAUGUCACAAUCGUCGAAUGAUACAUUCCCCACCGUGAUGCAUAUUGCUGCUGUAACUGAAAUUAAAAACUCCUUGAUCCCCGAAUUGACCAAAUUGCGCGACUCCUUGCAUGCAAAGGCAGAAGAAUUUAAGGAUAUCAUCAAAAUCGGUAGAACCCAUUUGCAAGAUGCUACUCCUUUGACCUUGGGCCAAGAAUUCUCCGGGUAUACACAACAGUUGACAAACGGUAUUGAAAGAAUUGAAAAAGUGUUACCAAAUUUGUUAUACUUGGCACAAGGUGGAACUGCAGUUGGAACCGGUCUCAACACUAAAAAAGGUUGGGAUGUCAAGAUUGCUGCAAAGGUUGCUGAAUUGACCGGGUUCCCUUUCAAGACCGCUCCAAAUAAAUUCGAAGCAUUGGCUGCACACGACGCUAUUGUUGAAGCUUCAGGUGCUCUCAACACAGUGGCUGCAUCUUUGUUUAAGAUUGCCAACGAUAUCAGGUACUUGGGUUCUGGUCCAAGAUGUGGAUAUGGAGAGUUGGCAUUGCCAGAAAACGAGCCAGGAUCUUCAAUCAUGCCUGGCAAAGUCAACCCUACUCAAAAUGAAGCCUUGACAAUGGUUGCAUGCCAAGUUUUUGGUAACAAUGCUGCUAUUACAUUUGCAGGCGCAUCGGGUCAAUUUGAAUUGAAUGUUUUCAAACCGGUUAUGAUUGCCAAUUUGUUAUCCUCGAUCAGAUUGAUUGCUGAUGGUGCAUCUUCUUUUAGGGUCCAUUGUGUUGAUGGUAUUGUCGCCAACAAAGAUAAGAUUGAAAAGACCUUGAACGAAUCGUUGAUGUUGGUUACUGCAUUGAACCCAAAGAUUGGAUACGAUGCUGCAUCCAAGACUGCAAAGAAUGCUCACAAAAAGGGUUUAACGUUGAAAGAAUCGGCAUUAGAGUUGGGUGUUUUGAGUGAGAAAGAGUUUGAUGAAUGGGUCAGACCAGAAAAAAUGAUUGGUCCAAAGGAUUAG